UCCCACAGUUGAAGUCCCGUUGGUAAGGAGGCGGUCAUCAUUGGAAUCACAGAAGCUGAUUGGUUGAUCAGGUGCCAUCUUAAUCGUAAAACAGUUUCCCGUGGGAUAUAUUAGCAUCCUUAGGGACAUAAUAGUUACACCAUACACUGGAAAGCAACAAAAGCCAUACCCGAGAGAGUUUGUUCCAGAACCCGAGUGAGACGUCAGCCCGUGUAAACAAUAACAGUUUUGUCAAAACUUUUUAUUCAAUGAACAGCAAAAAUAUUUCGACAUUUUUAACUCGGAGAUAAUAGCUAUUGGUCUAUACUGAAGUUUGAAAAUAGUAUGUGUUUAUUGUGAUCAAAAAUAAUAAAUAAAUGUAAAAUAUUAUGAUAAAAUUUAAUAUUUGACGAAAGGAUUUCAUGUUUGGAGUGACCGAGCCCGUUCCAUCAAGAGAAUUAAAUACCGGUCCCAUGAAGGAAGAACCUCAUCCCGUUGGUCAGAGUAAUCCCGUGAGAAACUGGAUGCAGCCUACAGUCGUAGACCAAACCGCAAGUGUUGGGUUUGGCAGAGCUCACUUCGAGAAACAACCGCCCAGCAAUUUACGCAAAAGUAACUUCUUUCAUUUUGUGUUAGCUUUAUAUGACAGACAAGGACAACCCAUAGAAGUAGAGAGGACAGCAUUUAUAGACUUUGUUGAAAAAGAACAGGAAGUUGAAGGACAGAAAACAAAUAAUGGAAUUCACUACCGAUUACAAUUAUUGUAUUCUAACGGUGUUCGACAAGAGCAGGACCUAUUUGUACGACUCAUUGACUCCGUUUCCAAACAGGCCAUUAUAUACGAAGGUCAGGAUAAAAAUCCAGAAAUGUGUCGUGUUUUACUAACUCACGAAGUCAUGUGUAGUCGGUGUUGUGAUAAAAAGAGUUGUGGAAACAGAAACGAAACCCCUUCUGAUCCAGUAAUCAUAGAUAGGUUCUUCUUGAAAUUCUUCAUGAAAUGUAAUCAAAACUGUCUGAAGAAUGCUGGUAAUCCACGAGAUAUGCGCCGCUUUCAGGUGGCUGUAUGUACGACAGUGAGUAUUGAGGGUCCAAUCCUGGCGGUCUCCGACAACAUGUUUGUCCAUAACAACUCUAAACAUGGACGACGUGCACGAAGAUUAGACCCAACAGAAGGAGAUACCUGGUUACUGGCCGACCCUUACUCCACCAGGGCAUUUUCACGUUACCCACGGGACUCGGGUAUGCUUACUACACCUUGUAUAAAGGCUAUCUGCCCGAGUGAGGGGUGGACGUCAGGUGGUACAACGGUCAUAAUCAUAGGGGACAACUUUUUUGACGGUUUACAGGUGGUUUUUGGUACAAUGCUUGUUUGGAGCGAGUUGAUAACAUCACAUGCGAUACGGGUACAAACACCUCCCCGUCAUAUUCCGGGGGUCGUGGAAGUUACGUUGUCGUAUAAAUCAAAACAGUUCUGUAAAGGAGCCCCUGGUAGAUUUGUUUAUACAGCUUUGACGGAACCUACAAUUGACUAUGGCUUCCAGCGAUUGAUGAAACUUGUACCGAGACAUCCGGGCGACCCAGAAAGAUUGCCUAAAGAAAUAGUGCUAAAACGUGCGGCUGACUUGGCUGAAGCUUUAUAUAGCAUGCCUAGAAAUCCUAACCAGAUACUACCACCUCCAAGAUCUCCAGCGAUCAACAAUAGUUCACCAAUGUCUAGUUUUAACACUUAUACUGGCCAGUUAGCAGUCAGUGUUCAAGAUCCCGGAAGUCAAUGGGAAGAAGGUUAUUCACGAGGACAGUCUUCUAGUGUUUCACCCAGAGGUUAUACAUCAAACGGCUCAACACCACAUAGUAAUGGUAGUAGUUAUGGAUCUACUGCCAUGAAUGGUUACCAUGGUCCUACUGGGGGAUUAGGUAAUAUGGGAAUGAGCGGCAUAGUAGGAUCUCCGUUUUCUGCAGUAAAUCCUUUUGCUCUACCUACUUGUAAUGGACAAACUUAUGGUAGUUCGAUAAUUUCAGCUGCAAAGUAAGCAGACAUUUAGACUUCAGUGGUUGGUCAGCAUAAGAGGGACAAGUUUUUGUUAAGUCGGAGUGAGUUUCGCUUAAUACUGAUUCUACAAAUGGCAAACGUGGAGUUACCGUCAACGGUUUGGAAGGUGAAAAGGUGUCUACGAAGCAAAUUGCCUUAAAAUGAUAUAACAAAAUUUGCUCAGAAACAGUGCAACUGUAAUCAAAUGUCUCAUUAUAUAGUCCAUUUUUAUGAACAUAUGCAUGUAAAUACACAUAUUUAAAGCAUUCUAUGCUGAUGUAUGAAUUUUUAAACCAUAUUUAUAAUUAUAUCUGAAUGAAUAUUGAAGAUCAGUGCUAACUGUGUCGGACUUCUUGAGACAUUUUCACUCAAAUUUAUUAUUGUGAUAUUGUUUGAACAAAUACUCCUAAUGUAUUUUUAUGUUUAUAUUUAUAUUAUGUAUAUUUUGUUGAAAUUUUGUCCUCUAGUCUUGCUAAAAAGUGUGUCUAGUCAUUUUUACGUGUAUUAUUAAUGUUAUUUUUAUUAUGAUCGUAAUGUAUGGCCAAUUUUCAUACACAGUGCAAUGAAUAUGUAUAUUUGCUUUUUACAUCUACAGUUAAAUGAACGCCAAUCUAGUCCGUUUUGAUUUACAGUAGAUUUGUUGAAUACCUAUUUGAAUUUAAAUAGAAGUUACAUAAACAAUGUCUCAAUUGUCAAACAAAAAGACAGUGUUGACAUUGUUAUAUUUUGAUUUGAAAAGUGGUUGUGAUUGACCUUAACUUCAAUAUGUUAAGCAAAGAUAGUCCCAGUAAUCUUCAAAUAUAAAGCUUUUUCAUUAUGUGUUUUCUUUAUUACUUUGAUUUUAUUAUAUAAUUCUUUCACACCAAGACAACUUAAUUGAAGAAAAAUAAGAACAAAUUAACAGGAUCAAGUUAAUUCAAUUUUCUUCCGUCCAUAGUUCUUCCUAUUUUUAAUGAAUAUGAUUUGGAAGUAUUGCCAGACUAAUACGAUAUUUAUGUACUUAUUACAGUUUUUUGGGGUAAAUUUGGUAAUAGUCUUAUAUAAAGCAUUGAUUUACUUGUCCUGAAAAAAUAAUAGAUAGAUAAAUAAAUGAAUUGAUUUAAAGUAUAUUUAUAUCCAAAUGAACAAACACUCCCUUUAUAUAAACUUUAAUAUUGAAAAUGUAUAUGAAGAAGUAAGGAAUCUCUAAGAUAAAAUAUAUUGCAUUAUCUCAACUCGAAAUCGACUUUGAGAUAAAUCGUACAAUUUAGGUGUGUGAAAUUAUUUUAGAAUACGUAAAGAUUUCCGUUUUUUGCAAUGUGAGCAUAUAGUCUGUUUUAAUUUAUUAUAAGAAACACAUUGAAGACAGUACUCAGGAUUCAUAGUUUUAUGUCACUGUCAGUUGUCAUUGUAUACUUUAACAAUUUUUAUGGAGACAAAUUAAAGCAAAAAAAUCUUA